AUGGGGCUCAGCCUCGGGGCAUCGCGAACGCUCCGCACUCCCGGGAGGGCGCUAAGCUGCGAAGGUUGGAGCCUCCCCUCCUACCUCUCUGUGCUGGUGGCGCUGGGGAACCUGGGCCUGCCGCUGGUGACGCUGUGGGGACGACUGGCCCCAGGCAAGGGCGAGCGGGCCCCCAUCCGGGUGGUGCAGGCCCUGAGUGUGGUGGGCACUGCCCUGCUGGCCCCCCUGUGGCAGCAGGUGGCCCCGGUGGCGGGGCAGGAUCACUCCGUGGCCUUCCUGACCCUGGCCUUGGUGCUGGCGCUGGCCUGCUGUGCCUCCAAUGUCACUUUCCUGCCCUUACUGAGCCACCUGCCGCCUCCCUUUCUGCGGUCCUUCUUCCUGGGUCAGGGCCUGAGUGCCCUGCUGCCCUGCGUGCUGGCCCUCGCGCAGGGGGUGGGCCGCCUCGAGUGCCCGCCAGCCCCCACCAACAGCACCCCUGGGCCUCCCCACUACUUCCCGGAGCGCUUUUCCGCCAGCACCUUCUUCUGGACACUGGCUGCCCUUCUGGUCACUUCGGCUGCCGCCUUCCAGGGUCUUCUGCUGCUGUUGCCGUUACCGCCGUCCGCGCCCACGGAAGGCCUGGGGCCUGGCCGUGGGGCGGGAGCCCCUGGAGCGGAGGAGGAGGCGGCGGAGGGAGAGGCCUCACCACUGCAGGAGCAACCUUUCCAGGCGGCAGGCACCACGCCCUGCCGAGACCCUGAGGCCCAUCGACUGCUCUCUGCCCGCAGUGCCUGCCUGCUGGGCCUGCUGGCCGUCACCAAUGCACUGACCAAUGGCGUGUUGCCAGCAGUGCAGAGCUUCUCCUGCUUGCCCUAUGGGCGCCUGGCCUACCACCUGGCCGCAGUGCUGGGCAGUGCCGCCAACCCCCUCGCCUGCUUCCUGGCCAUGGGCAUGCUGUGCAGGUCUCUGGCAGGGCUGGGCGGUUUAUCUCUUCUGGGCCUGCUCUUCGGGGCCUACCUGAUGAUGCUGGCCGUCCUGAGCCCCUGCCCUCCUCUUGUGGGCACCACUGCAGGGACGGUCCUUGUGGUGCUGUCCUGGGUGCUGUGUCUGGGGCUGUUCUCGUACGUGAAGGUGGCUGCCGGCUCCCUGCUGCAUGGAGGUGGCCGGCCGGCACUGCUGGCGGUUGGUGUGGCCAUCCAGGUGGGCUCCCUGCUUGGUGCUGUCGCCAUGUUCCCUCCUACCAGCGUGUACCACGUGUUCCACAGCGGGAAGGACUGUGUGGACCUGUGUGGACCCUGA